AUGAACAAGGGAAAGGCGCGACAGGAGACACCAAAGGCUCUCGAGCUGCUCGACCUGCCCGGCGAGAUCCUCUCCCAAAUCACUGGCUACCUCCCUCUGAACGAGGUGAUCGCCUUCCUCUCGCUCAACUCUGCGCUUCACAACUUGUCACGCUCACACCUCACUCCCUUUCGACCUCUCAUCCAUGGCCUAGUUCGUGCCGGCCCGCCAUAUCCGACUGCUCUCGCGGUCCUACCUUCCCUCUCCCACUUGGUCGGCCACGACGACGGCAACCUCUUCCUCGAGAUCCUCGUGCGUGCUCCCCCCAAGAGGCCUUUGAGCGGCGCUUCCCUCGCCUCGUGGAAGCGAUACAAAUCCACAGAUGAUUCCUGGCGAGCCGCCUUCCUCCGUGUGCUGGGGCGGCUGGACCAUCGAUCCGUCGGGUGUGCACACCACGAGUCAUGGACGCGGUUCAUUACCCUUCGCCGUAACCGUUCAGCGGCCAUCAAUCGCAUUUACACUCGCACCUUUGACCCGAAUGAGAUCUUUGACGAGCUCAAACACCAGAGCAACUUGAUCGACUAUCCGACAGAAGUGCGCGUUCUCAUCCACCUCCAAGACGUCCGCGUCAUUGCCCUCUGUGUGCUCUCUGACAAGCCGACGUAUACGGCCAACUCGAACGCACACCUAGCACUCCACCCACCGCUGCUUCGGCACCUUAGUGGAGGGCACCAGUACAGACCUGCAGUCCAGAAACGUAAAGGGUCUUUACCAGCAACAGCCACGUCGGCGUGGAACCAGCAGCCCGUCGGUGGCGAGUCGUACUUUCCACUCGUGCGCACCACUUCGUCUUCUGCCUCUGCGCCAAACAAUGCCACGGAGACUGCAGCCACAGCGUCAAGCCCCGUAUCCACAGGCCCCUCAUCCCCAGGUCGCAUCUCAGGCUUUGGACAGUGGAUGAACCGCCGCAGACGCCUGUCCGCGGACAGCAACACGGGCGAAGGCAGCUCAUUCAACCCCCUCACACUGGUGAGGAGUCGCGAAGACGACCGCGAGCGACGCAGGUCAUGGAACUUUGGUCGGACCAGGACUCUGUCCGCUGGUGGUACCUCCUCGCACAACGCAGGCCCUUCAACGCAGCCAAAUACCGCUAUGGAGCCACCUGCUGCUGCCCAACUUGCACCAGUGUUUACCUCUCCCAUCAUUCAGCCCACUCCCCUGAUUUCCUUGCCUGAGGACAAGACCUUGACGUCGCCUCUCCCAACCCCACAGUCGUCGCCCUCACCGCCACCUCUACGCCGCCACCGUCUUCCUUACCCGCCUCUCACGCACCCGACGCCUGCCGACAGUCACCGCCUGUAUCCCAACUUUACGCCUUGUGAGGACAAGACUCUCCCAUCCACCAGCCGACCGGACCCGACCGACCCGACCCAGCUGCUCACCGAGGGACUCGUGCGCCGCGUCCGCGACUACCGCCCAGACCACCUAGAGGUCGAAGACGACGACGAGUCGGCAGGGUGGUCCACCAACGACGCCGUCUGGGGAGGGGACGGCUCGCGUAUGGCCGAAUGGGAUCCGUUCACUGCCACCCGACGCAGAUGGGUUGGCCCUAUGAUUAUUCUCGCCCAGAUCUUCUCUGCCGACCGACCUGAAGGUGUGCCCGCUGGCGUGGCGCGCGACACGAUUGUGGAAGGUCCAAACCCCGACCUGGGUCCCCGAGGCACAUACGCCUCGCUUGGCUGGGAGGACAUUGACGUCUUGCUCCCAUGGCUCGAGCUGAGCGGGUCUGGCGCGUUCCAUACUGCCAGGACGUCGGGUAUGGGCUUUGACCCGGGGCAAGAGUUGUAG